AUGAUCGGACUUCUGGCCCUCACCGCCAUCCCAACGGUGACGGGUGUAUCCCUCGCUUCCAGCGAGCAGCGCAAAGCAAACCAGCGCAAAGAAGAGGCCCGUCGCAUGGUGAAGUUCAACAUCGUAGCAGAAUGCGAUGGGGACACGGAUGAUGACCGCGAGUUAAACGGGAUGACUAUUGUUGUAAGAGACGAGAAGGUCUACCUCGCCGACCCAGAUCCCUCCAAACGAUCCCCGCCAGCUUUCACAGCCCUGGCCUUCUAUAUCGAGUACCCAGAACCGGAAGAAUUGAAAUAUCUCAAGCGCGAGCGCGGCCUCGGCCUCCCGACUUAUGUUCAGGAUGACCCGCCCCUUCUCAACUGGAUCUAUGCGGAUACCGAAACGCAUGAGUUGCGGUACGGGAAUCGGUCACAGAGUGUGGAGCAACUGGUCGAGCCGUGGGACUGGUGUAAGAAUGAGAAGUUCAUUUUACUCGAAGGGAAGCAGAAUUCUUUCAUUGCGGUUGAAGAGGAGGAGGGGGAAUGGGCGCUUUAUUAUGAUCGUGAUGGCGAUGAGCUUACGCGCGUUCUUGAGGAGCAGGGGUUGUUGGAUUGUCCUUUUGUGCCUGUCAAACUAGUGAGGAAGAUUGUUGAGGAAAAGCCACCGCCGCCGCCACCUCCUGCUGCUCAGGCUGCAGCUCCUCAGGGUGAGGGGAAUGGUCAGAGUCAGAAGUAG